AUGGCACGCAGCUCAAUAUUGCUGCAAGGUCUGAUGGCCUUGACGGCAGUUGUUUCUGCAGCCCCAACGAACUUGACGAAGCCCGUUGACUACGUGAUUGUCGGCGCUGGACCGGCAGGCUAUGUGGUUGCAGAGAGGCUGACCAGGAAUCCCAAGAUUGCCGUCACUCUUUUGGAAGCCGGUCCAGAUGAGAGCACCAAUCCUUUAGUUACCACCCCAGCGAGGUUCUUCUCAUCCCAGCAAUGGUUUUGGAAUUACUCGACUCAGCCGGAGCCCAAUCUUGGAGGCUUGACUCCAAAUCUCUGGCAAGGACGCAUUCUUGGUGGUGGUAGUGGCGUCAAUGCCAUGCUCUACUGCCGCGGCUCGGCCUCUGUCUUCGACGAAUGGGCGGAGCUCUCUGGCAACCCUGGCCUGGCAUGGGAGUCUUUGCUUGAGGACUUUAAGGAAACCACUCAUUACACGUCUGACCCGGCUGAAAACUAUGAACAAGUCCUGGACCCCAACGCGUUUGGCGACGGGCCGUUGGAGGUGAGCCGCGGCCAGGAACUGGUCUCGUUCGAUGUGCCUUUCGCGAACGCCCUGAAAUCAACACUCGAUCUGGAUGAGACGGAUAUGGUAUCUGGCCAUGGCAUUGGCGUUAGUCUCGGCCUGGAGACAAUUCGCGUCUCCAACCGCACGAGGGAUUACGCCGUCAAUGCAUACGGCUAUCAGAUGGCGGGGAGGCCAAAUUUCCGGGUCAUUCACGAUGCCUGGGUCCAGCGGAUCGGCUUCACGGGGACCACUGCGACGAACGUCACCUACACAGAUACUCAAACCAACGAAGUACAUGUCAUCGAAGCACAAGAAAUCAUCGUAGCCGCAGGCGCUAUUAACUCCCCUCAACUACUCAUGCUGUCCGGGGUUGGCCCCGAGGACACCCUCUCGGCGCUUGACAUUCCCGUUGUUGCCAACAUCCCUGAGAUUGGGUCCAACCUGUACGAUCACCACUAUGCCGUCAUGGAGUACCAAACGGUCGAAGGUGUCGAGACCGCGUGGCAAUGGUCCGAGAACGCCACCGGAGCGGCGGUGGCGCAAGCCGAAUACGCCAACGGGUCCGGGCCGCUUGGAAGAAACAACGGAGACGUGUUCGGGGCGCUGCGACUACCGGACUCGGUGUUCGAAGCCGUCAACAGCUCCUUCCACCUGGAAGUCCCGAAAGACCGCCCCCACGUCAUCUACGAGUACGCCAGCACGCCUUUCUUGCAACCGGCGCCGAACGUCAGCAUCCUGGCCGCAUUCGCCGCCGUGGUCCAGCCCGAAGCCACAGGCUUCGUCACCAUAGACUCUUCCGAUUACCGGGACGAUCCCGUCAUCCAUUCUAACUAUUUCGGCUCGGCGGGAGACAAGGCAGCCAUCACGUACGGAUACAAACAGCUCCGAGAGAUAAUGCAGUCCAAGGCUCUUAGCUCGUUCAUCGUGGACGAGAUCUACCCGGGUAAGGAUGUUACAAGCGACGAGGACGUCUGGAAGGCCAUCCAACAGAGCUCACAGUCGUGGCAUCAUGCCCUCGGUACCGUGGCACUCGGCACCGUCCUCGACAGCAACUGGAGGAUCAAGGGUCUCAAUGGCAUUCGAGUCAUAGGCUCUCCAGCUAUCCCUCGUCCGCCGACCUGUGCCAUUCAGGCUCACGUGUACGCCGUUGCGAAUAGGGCAGCGCGGGAUAUCGUUGAGGAGGACGGUGUUGGUCUAUGA